UCCAACGUCUUCUCCAUGUUCGACCAGUCCCAGAUCCAGGAGUUCAAGGAGGCCUUCACCAUCAUGGACCAGAACCGGGACGGCUUCAUCGACAAGGAGGACCUGAGGGACACGUUCGCGGCCCUGGGCCGCAUCAACGUCAAGAACGAGGAGCUGGAGGCCAUGGUGAAGGAGGCCCCGGGGCCCAUCAACUUCACCGUCUUCCUCACCAUGUUUGGGGAGAAACUCAAAGGCACGGACCCAGAGGAGACCAUUCUCCACGCCUUCAAGGUGUUCGACACUGAAGGGAAGGGAUUCGUCAAGGCUGACCUCAUCAAAGAGAAGCUCAUGACCCAGGCCGACCGGUUCAGCGAGGAGGAGGUCAAGCAGAUGUUCGCGGCUUUCCCGCCCGACGUGUGCGGCAACCUGGACUACAGGAACCUGUGCUACGUCAUCACGCACGGCGAGGAGAAGGACUAG